UUGACCGAGACAAGCGGCAGAGAGGCUCGUACACCGAGAGAGAACGGAGGACUCCAUUGCUGUCCCGAGUGUGUUUCUCGUCGGCUGUGUCGUAUUGCGUGUCUCUGUCCGCGCUUUCGUGCACGCAAGUUUACCUUCCACGUUGGCCGGAGAUUGUGAAUAAGUAUCCCUUUGUGUCCAGUGCCCUGAACGAUAACUUGAAAUCGUCGAGCGUACCGAACACCGUAGAAACGAGCCAAAAUGGCUGACCAACUCACAGAAGAACAAAUCGCAGAAUUUAAGGAAGCAUUUUCGCUAUUCGACAAAGAUGGAGAUGGUACCAUUACAACCAAAGAGUUGGGUACAGUUAUGCGAUCGCUAGGUCAAAAUCCUACAGAAGCAGAGCUUCAGGAUAUGAUCAAUGAAGUGGACGCAGAUGGUAAUGGCACAAUCGAUUUCCCGGAGUUCUUAACCAUGAUGGCUCGCAAAAUGAAGGAUACCGACAGUGAGGAGGAAAUUAGAGAGGCCUUCAGAGUAUUUGAUAAGGAUGGAAAUGGUUUCAUAUCUGCAGCGGAACUCAGACAUGUUAUGACAAAUCUUGGCGAGAAACUCACUGAUGAGGAAGUAGACGAGAUGAUUCGGGAGGCUGACAUUGACGGCGAUGGCCAAGUUAAUUAUGAAGAAUUUGUCACAAUGAUGACAUCAAAGUGAAUGCAACAUGUGUAAUGGAAAAACUUGCAACUUGGAGUGGUGUUGACGUAUUAAAAUAAAUCAAGAAACAAAGAAAAAAAUAAUGUUAACAAAAUGCGAAUCGACCAGAACGUGAAAAAAAAUCUUAUAUCUGGACGCAAAGAUGUCUAUAAAACGCGAAAAGUCAACGUCCAACAUGCGUUAAUCAUCAUUAACGAUAAGUAAUACAGGGCAAUUGUUUAAUUAAAGAGUUAUACCACUAAAAUCAUUAUCUCUAAAUACACAAAAUACUUAACCACAGACAACAUGAACAUAAACAGUACAGUUUACACACGCACGUACACAAAAUAUUCAGCACACGUACAACGUACUCAUAUAAUAUAACAAAAGAUGAUUUAUUUCCAUAUAAAAGAAUAUAAUUAAAAAAUGUUAGAUAUAUAUAUGUAUAAAAAAAGCAGACGCGCAUGUUUGUUGAUGAUAAAAGUACAUUCGUAAUAUAUUAUCUUGCUUUCCUCUCUUUUCAGCCUUUUCCUGUUUCUUCUUUGCAUGAAUCUACAAUUUAUUUCAUAUAUAUUUUCAUUAUAAAUUUCGUUCCUUUUUUUCAUAAUCAAUUCGCUGACAACAAAAGUGUGAUCGAUAAAUAAGAAAACGGAAAAGUAUUAAAAGAAAGGAAAGAUUCGUGCAUGCUGUUUAAGACGCAUUGUAUAGAUUCGUUUAUUGUUCGAGGUGAAUUUAAAAUUCAUUGCGUUUAUAUCUCGUUCAAGAAAACGUACUUAUAACGUACGUCAUCGAUACAGCAUUUGUCGUAGAAAAAUUUUAUCAGUAACGUAACAUGUUUAAGCGUUUGUUUUAUUUUGCCAAAGAAAAUUUGAAGUGGGCAUCGUUUUCCAGAGUUCAACUUUUGGUUUAUCGAUGACUCCGUACUGGAUUCUUUAUUGCGCCCUAAUGAAUAAUUUAAUUCUUCUAAUAACUGAAAAAUAUUAUCAAAGAAACAAAGGCUCGAGGUGCGUAAUGCAAUCUCGAAACUUCUAUUUUCGCGUACAAGCCUUAGAGGAUCCACGAAAUUGAGUUGUAUUGAAUUCUUAGUAAAAAAAGGAACUUCUUUCAAAUUUAUUAUAUCUCCUUGAAACCUAUGUACAUGACACGAUGUUACACGCGUACACAUACAACAAAAGAAAAGAAAAACACAUUUCACCAAGUGCGUUCUGUAUCCAAUUUCAUUAUAGCCUCUUCUUCAUAAGAACACAUCUAAGUUUGUAUCUUGUCUCUAACUGAGAAAGCCUUAAAGACGCGCGCGCGCGUUACACAACGUCGACACCACUUUUGUUGAAAAUCUAGAGAAAUCACAGAGAGAACAUAGGGAUGAGGGAUUAAAAAAUGGAGGCAAGUCACAGUGAUCGGUGCACUAUAUUUUCCUUCGCCCAGGGGUGCGUACCAGUCUCGCAAGCGGAGCAACUAAGAACCGGAGAGAAACUGGUGUGAUUUUGUGCGAUUCGUACGAUAAUGUUACUUAAGAACUAAGAGUAAAAAAGAACAAAACACCGAACGGUGGAAACACAUGCGUGUCGGUGGUUCAGUCAUAAUAUAUAUGUAAUAUAUAUUAUAUAUACAUAUAUAUAUAUAUAUAUAUAAAACUAAUUUACGAAAAAAAGGAAGAAAAGAAGAAAGAAUUCCUCCACAGUCCUUUAUUAUUUAAUAUUGAAGUGAACAAAAUGAGAAGUACUUGUAUUUCUGGUGACCUAGAUCGCAUUGAUCAUAAAAAAGACAAAAUAAAUGUAUCCUCAUUUUUAGGUCACAACUACUCAAUUCGUUUCCUUCAUUAACCAAUGGACCUCUCGUUUCAGCCGUUUUUAUCUCAUCGUCAUUUUUCGAUGGCAUCUAGAAAUAGUUUGCCGACAAAUGUAUAUGUAAUAAUUCACUGUCAACAAGAUUCGCGUUUAACAUAUCUUAAACGAAAUUUCAUCGAUUCGAGAGCCUUUCCAUAGAGAUACUAAGGCGCACGAAUCGCAACGACAAAAAAA